AUGGAUCCUUUUGUUUCUCCGCAACCAAAUUAUCACCUGCACUCCUCCACAUUAAAUGCCCAGCAGGUUGACAGUCAAUCGGGGCCUCGUAAGCAUGCACAAUGGAUUAACUAUGAGACAAACAUUUUUGUCGCUGCCUGUGAGACCCUAAUCGUCGAUGGACACCAAAAUGGGAAGUGCUUCACCAAAUACGAAUGGCAGACAUUGGUUCACUUAUUUAACACUAACUCCGGGAACAAUUGGAGCAAACAACAGUUAAAAAAUCGAUGGGAUGCUCUCUGCCUGAAACAUAAGAGAUUUGAAGAAUUGAUCAAUAGCAGUGGCGUCGCGUAUGACACAUCCACUGGCUUGAUUAGCGUCUCGACGGAGUGGUGGGAUCAAAAGAUUAAGGAGAAGAAGGAGUACAAAAAGUAUAAGGACAAGGAUUGCUGA